AUGCCUAAGAGGAUCUACAUCACGCAAGAGAAAUAUUUGCCUGGCCACAAGCCAAUGAAAGAUAGGCUUACCCUCUUGUUCUGCGCCAACGCAAGUGGAGACUGUAAAAUCAAGCCGUUGCUCGUCUACCACUCAGAAAAUCCACGAGUUUUCAAGAGGGGGAAGGUGCAGAAAAAAAAACUGAAUGUGAUGUGGUGGGCCAACAGCAAAGCCUGGGUAACACGGCAAUUUUUCAUCAAGUGGGUCAAUGAAGUUUUUGGCCCCUCAGUGAAGAAAUAUCUUCACGAAAAUAAGUUGCCACUCAAGGAUUUGCUCGUCCUUGAUAAUGCUCCUGCACAUCCUCCAGGGCUUGAAGAUGAUUUGCUGGAGGAAUUUCAGUUCAUCAAAGUCAAGUUUCUUCCUCCCAACACCACUCCACUUCUCCAGCCCAUGGACCAGCAAGUAAUUUCCAACUUUAAAAAGCUGUACAUGAAGGCCUUGUUUCAAAGGUGUUUUGAAGUGACCGAAAAUACAAGCCUGACCCUCAGAGAAUUUUGGAAGGAUCACUUCAACAUCUUAAAUUGUUUAAACCUUAUUGAUAAGGCCUGGGAAGAAGUCUCAGUGAGGACCCUGAAUUCGGCAUGGAAAAAACUGUGGCCUCAGAGUGUUCCUGACUUUGGUUUUGAUCCUCAACCUGUGGACAAAACAGUGCAGCUAGUCGAAGAAAUUGUAUCUCUGGGGAAAACUAUGGGUCUGGAUGUGGAUGGUGCUGAUCUGGAUGAGUUAGUGGAGGAGCAUAGUGAAGAACUUAAAACGGACAAACUUAAGGAACUUCACAAGGAGCAGCAGCAAGAGGUGGUAGAAGAGCUUUCGUUAGGGGAGGAGGGAGCAGGGGAUGAGUCCCUCUCUUCCAGUAAGAUUAAAGAAGUGUUGGCAAAGUGGGAAGAAGUAAAAACUUUCUUUGAAGAAAAUCACUCUAAUAAAGCAGUGUGUGGGCGCACCAUGAACUUGUGUAAUGACAAUGUAGUGUCGCAUUUUAGGGGCAUCUUAAAAAGAAGACAGAAGCAAGUGUCAUUAGAUAAGUUUUUGGUAAAGCAACCUGCAACUAAAAGAAAGUUAAGUGAUUCUGACCCAGAACCUGCUUCCAGUGGGGUAAAAUUCCCAAGAAGAGAGAGCCUUCCUGAAUCAGAGGGGGACUCUCCUUCCCCACAGUAA